AUGUCUGCCUACGUGGAUCAGGUCUACCGUGAGAAGGGCGGAGUGCGCUGGUUGUUGACCGAUGAAGAGCGCAAACACAUUGUCGAGCUCCUCGAUACCAACGAAUCCACUGUCUCCCACCUCAAGGGAACGAACAUGACGAUCGCUCGAAUGACUUGUGUCAAGUGUGGCAAACGAUCCGGACUGGACGACCUCGUUCACAAUGCCGUCGAGGGAGGCAUCCACAACAAAGAGUUUAUGGUCGACGUGCUGGUGAAUGGGCCCAAGGGCGCGAGUCCCCUGCAUCACCUGGACUGCUCGCGAUGCUCUGAACGAUUCAAGCAGAUGUGCACCUGGCACAACGAUGAAGACUGCGGAAGCUGGGACUAG